UAGCACUUUCUCACCUCAACAGUACCUAUCAUUCAGACUCAGACAUGAUUGAACAUUUUGAGGAUAAUGGUGGAGACCUUUUUACGAAGAGCCUUGACUAUGUAGACAAUCUUUCUACAUCCAAUGAUUUUAAAACAAUUUUGUCAAGGAUGCCGGAAGCUUACGUUGUGGUGUUGAUUUCUGCAAAGAACUCUUUCCAGAAUUGAAUGCAAGAGUUCUUCAAUUUCACUCUAGCUUACAAUGAAUAUAAGUUAUUUAUCAGAAGAAAUCAAAGCAAUAUUGUGAGAAUAUCUAAGGAAACAUUCAUCAAAAUCUUUAUCGAUUUAGUGAAGAAAGGAUUCAUCAUGACAAAGGCAUCUACAGAGGCCAUCAUCAGUGUGAACAGCAAAAUGGGAUUGGGAAUCGAAUUUGAAGAAUUAUCAACUAUGAUUAGAGAAAGAGUGAACUGAGACAAAGAAAUCUCAACUCUUGUGAUAAUAUUUUCGGAAAAUCGUUCUGGAGACACAUCAAGAUAA